AUGGCUGGCAAUUUCGCGGGAAAAGUUGUCCUGGUGACAGGCUCGUCGAGCGGCAUUGGCCGAGCGGUCGCGGUGCUUCUCGCCCAACAAGGCGCUCAGGUCGUCGUCACCGGUCGAUCGCUCGACGGCGUCAUGGAAACGCGACGGCAAUGCGUCAACGCCGGCGCCCAUCCGGCCGACAUUUUCACGAUCACCGGCGAUUUGACCGACGACGAUUUCGUCGGCGAUCUCAUUCGGAAGACGAUCGAGACGUUCGGAAAAUUGAAUAUUCUGGUGGACGCGACGGGAAAAGACGGUUGGGAGAUGUCGGUGGACGUCAUGGAUCGAUCGAUUCGGACCAAUUUUAGAUCGGUGCUGGUGAUCACGCAAAAAGCGUUUCCGCACUUGGAGAAAACCAAAGGCGACAUUGUGAAUGUGUCGACGUUUCUGGCGGUGCCGCCGGUUGGGAUUCGCUCGAUGCCCUAUUAUGGUGUGCCGAAAGCGGCGCUCGAUCAUAUGACACGAUCGAUGGCGCACGAGUACGCGCUGAAAGGCGUCCGCGUGAACAGCGUCAAUCCGGGUCUCGUGCCGACCUCGUUCUUCUCGCGUCUCGGAUUCGGCGACGAGAAGACGCGCAAAAUGGAGGAGUAUAUUGCGAGCCGACGCGAUUUUGUGCCGUUCGGACGCAUCGCCACGUCGGAGGACAUCGCCGAGACCGUCGCUUUUCUCGCUGACAGAAAACGCUCGCAAUGCAUCAUCGGCCAAUUAAUCAUCGUCGACGGCGGUUCGCGUUUGUGCUGCAACAUCGACAUGUCCGACUUCAAAGAGCAAAUGCAGAACUAA